AAACAUACCUACCUAUUGUUAGUUUCAACAUUCUAAAUCUUUUAAAAUGCUUAAAAUUGUUGUGGCACUAGUUUUAUCGGCAUACUUAGUUAUUGCUGGGCCUUCUUUGACGAAUACCGAUGCUACCGUUAAGGAGACACUGAUAAAAUGCGCUAUGGAAAAUAACUUGCCAUACCAGCAAUUCUUGGACAAUGUUAAAAAUGGACAACACGAUUCUAGCACAAAGAAAUUCAUUCACUGCUUUUAUAAAAUUCUAAAUAUAAUUAAUGAUAAUAACACGAUAAACAUGGAUAUAGCUUCAGAAUAUAUACGUCGGGAAUAUGGUGAUAAAGCAGGGUACAUUAUUGAAAAUUGUCUAAAGACCAAACAGCAUGCUAUUGAAACUGCUUUCGCGGUGCGGCUCUGUAUUGGAAAUGCUGUAAAUAAUAAGUUUUAUGAUAUAUGAUUAAUAAAUUAUUUUGUAAUAAAU